UCUAUCACAGGCGUGGCUGUCGUCACGCAGGGGAGCAGAGACACACGCAGCUCGUAAAUCAUCCGCCUUUCACUCGACUCCUUCGCGCCGUCAGAGAGAAGGAGACAUCCGCCGCGGGGGGAGCCGGGCUUUUAAUGUGGUGGUGCAAACACUUCAUGCGCGAGCCUUCAGACAUGGUGCGCGCGCUGCGGAGGGACCCCAGGCCGGCCUUAGAAUAAAAAUAAAGGAUCCUCCAGGUGCUCCAAGUGCUACACGUCUGCUCCGUGUUUACCUUCCAUCAACAUCCUGUUCCCCUCCAUCACAUCCCACACAACACACACAAGCAAAACAAGUCGGGACUUUUACAGAAACCUGCGGCUGCUUUGUGCUGAGCGCGCGGAUCCCGAUGGAAGCCCGGGGAAAGUACGACUUCAGCGCCACGGCCACCGACGAGCUGAGCUUCAGAAAGGGCGACACCCUGAAGAUCCUGAGCCCGCAGGACGACUGGUACAGAGCCGAGAUGGGCGGGCAGGAAGGAUACGUCCCGCAGAACUACGUGGAGGUGCAGACGCCGAGGUGGUUUCAGGAGAACGCCAGUCGCAGCGCUGCAGAGGACGUCCUCCGGUCCAAAGGCUUGGGACACUUUGUGAUCCGAGGAUGCCAGAGCUCCCCGGGAGACUUCUCCAUCUCUGUCAAGCACGAGAGCGACGUCCAGCACUUCAAGGUCAUGAAAGACAACAAAGGGCAGUACUUCCUGUGGUCGGAGAAGUUCACCUCCCUCAACAAGCUGGUGGACUUCUACAAGUCCGUCUCCAUCUCCAAGACCAGGGAGAUCUUCCUCCUCGACGACGGGCCGGACGGCCGCGGCCCCCCGGGGGCCCAGCAGCCGGCGAAGAGGGGAAGUUUGCCCGAACAACGCAACGUGUCCGCGGCCUUCGUGGCGUCACCGCGCAGAGCUUCAGACCAGCCCCCCAGACAGCUGGCCAAGCGAGCCGGUCUGGAGGAGCGAGCUCAAACCAUCGGUCACACGGGCCGAAGCAGCCCCGUCGCCUCCGCUCAGCCGCCGCGCCGCACGUCUGACACCAUGCCCCUUCCCCAGAGGGCGUCCACGCCGCAGGUGAAGGCGCUCUACAACUUCAGCGCCGAGGAGGCCGACGAACUGGGCUUCAGCGCCGGCGACAUCAUCGAGCUGCUGGAUCGCUCCGACCCGUCGUGGUGGAGGGGGAGGCUGCGGGGGAAGAGCGGCCUGUUUCCCGCCAACUACACAACGCUGCUGUGAGAGGAAGAACGACCCCCCCCCCCACCCCCUCCCACAGCCCCCCCCCCUCCCACAGACCCGCUCCCAGCAGAAAGAACUGACUCAUCUGAUCUCUGCCCAAAAGGACCGAGUCAUUUAGGAUUUUAGUGACUACCUUCAAACGUGUGGCACCAGGGGAACUUUUUUAUCUUUGGCAUCAGCGCGUCUCCGUCAGUCAAUGUGCGGCUGUAACUUGUUUCUGCUCGCUCGUGGUGGUGAAGUCGCCUUUUUAUACCGCAAGAGGUUUUGGAUAUAAACAUUCAGAAUAAGAAAUAAAAUCAUUGAUGACGACGAUGAUGAUGAGAGGCUUCUGAGAUGAUUCUUUUCUUUUUUUUAAAGGCAAGUAGGGGUUAACUGUGAAGGUCCACCCUCCUUCAGGGGAUUUCGGUUUUUAUUAUCUUCUGCAGCCUGAGGCCAAAAUUUAAACAGAAGUAGGCAAAGUUAGCCUUCAAAAUAAAAGCUGCAGUAAAGCCAUGUGUUUAUGGUUUCAAUAUCUAGAUAAUAUCUAGCGUCUCUACGUCACAUCUAAUUAGUCAAGUUAUCCCUUCCGUUCACUGUCCGUCUGUCACUGUAGUACAAUUCAUUUAUUCAUCUGACAAACCUUACAUUUACUCACUAGAUAUAGUGCUUUAAGACUUUUUUUUCCAAUAAAGACGUCCUGGGCUACAGCCAU